UCAUUUGUCUAAUGGUUAAGUCAAAUUAGAGGAAAAUGGCGUCGUAAUUGUGGAUGCUAGUUAUAAUUGUAGAAAACCAUGAUUAUCACGUAUAAACAGAUUUUCUAGUUCAUAUAACAACAUAUAUGUUACAAUAAACCAUGGACGCUGUGAAGUCGUUCAACCAGGAGCUCUCGUCUUUGUACGAGGUUAAGCCUCCUAUUUCCAAGGCAAAGAUGACUGCCUUAACCAGAGGGGCAAUUAAAGCUAUUAAGUUUUAUAAACAUGUAGUGCAAAGUGUAGAAAAGUUUAUAUUAAAGUGUAAACCAGAAUAUAAAGUGCCUGGACUGUAUGUAAUAGACUCUAUAGUGAGACAAUCUAGACAUCAAUUUGGAUCUGACAAGGAUGUGUUUGCUCCAAGAUUUUCCAAGAAUAUGCAGCAGACUUUUGUCAACUUGUUCAAGUGUCCAGCAGAGGAUAAAAGUAAAAUCAUCAGGGUCUUAAACCUGUGGCAAAAAAAUAGUGUAUUUCCACCAGAGGUGAUCCAGCCUCUCUUUGAUUUAGCGGAUCCAAAUAAUCCCAUACACAAAGAAAUAGAAAAUGCCAUGCAGCAAUCUACCAAUGGUCUAAACAGUACUACAUCGUCAAUCAUCAAAGGUUCGCCUGCACUUCAGAAGACACCCACCAAAGGAUCUCAACAAGGAAACGACCUUCACGGAACAACUAGCUUGAAUUUGGCAGAUCCGAGUGUCUUACAACAAUUGCAACAACUGCAAAGGCUUAUUUCGAAAAAUGUGGAAAAUUCAGUGCGAACUGAACCAGUUCAUUUCGAUAAGAAAUUGCUGGAUUUUGAUUAUGGCGAUGACGACGAUGAUGUACAUCCAUCUCCUAGACCGCCACAACCUAGCGCUGACCCGUUUUUACCAGUUACAAGUCUUUUGACGAAUCCUGAGGUACUGAGACAACUUCAGACACUACAGCAAACAAUGGCUAAUGCUGUACAACCGCAAGAACUCGAUAUGGAUAGGGCGAGGAAAAUGCAAGAAAUGAAACAGCAGGAGGAGGAGUUUGAUAAACAUCUUGCCCAAACUGUACCGAAUCUACCGUUUGCUGCCGAAUGCGACUUCCGUAGCAACCAAAACCAUUUGAUGGUACAAAACAAUUACUUCCUCGAAGGUAUGAACCCUCCAGCUCCGCAGUAUCACCCAGACUUUGAACAAGCCUCAAGUCAAGGGAUGACAGACAAAUCACACCAACCAUCUAAUGCCGAGGUAGAGGUCAUCACUCUGGAUCACGAUGAUUCCCGUUCGCCUUCACCAGCUGAAGACAGAUACAGGAAGAGGCGAAGAAGUCGUUCUAGAUCGAGGGAUAGAGGUAGACGAGAUAGGAGACGAUCGCGUUCUAGGUCCGGGUCGAGAAGGCAUAGAUCAAGAUCGAGGGACAAGGACAGGAAGAAGGAGAAGGAAAAGACUAAGGAGGAGAAAGAAAAGGAGACCGAGAAAGAAAGGGAAAGAAAGAAGAGAGGGCUGCCUUCUAUCAAGAAAGAUCAUCUAAGCGUUUGCAGCACAACCCUUUGGGUAGGACAUCUAUCAAAACUGGUGCACCAAGACGAUUUAUCCAACACAUUUGGAGAAUUCGGCGAUGUAGUGAGUAUUGAUCUAAUCCCGCCAAGAGGAUGUGCUUUCAUUGUCAUGUUAAGAAGACAAGAUGCGGCUCGAUGCUUAACUAAAUUGAAAGGGCAUAAUUUGCAUGGAAAAUCUAUUACGCUGGCUUGGGCUCCGGGCAAAGGUGUCAAAGGUAAAGACCUAAAAGACUACUGGGAAGGUGACCUGGGAGUUUCCUACGUACCAUAUUCGAAACUCAAACAAGACAUCGAUAUUGAUUUAUUGGAAGAUGGCGGUAUGAUCGAUGAGGAAACAAUGCCGCAAUGGAUGAAAGAAAAAGUAGACAAAGGAAAGAAGCCCGAACUGGACCUUACUGGAUUUGUAGGGGGCAGCACUCCAAAUAUCGACACCAGCCAACCGCCACCGCUACCAGGAGCGGGGCUCUUGCAGCCGCCUCCGAUGUUGCCAACGUUCAAUCCAUUUCAACUUAAUAAUAGAUUCUUGGGCAUGAACGUACCGCCAGGUAUGAUGCCUAACAUGGCCAACAUGCCAAACAUUCCUAUUGGAGUACCACCUCCAAAUAUGGCCGGAGCACCAAUGAUGGGUAAUCAAUUGUUGGGACUUGGAUCUGCUUUCCAAGGACCUCCAAGCAUGAUUCCACCGCAGAUGCCCCCUGUGGAGAACAAACCACCAACCUUACCUUCCGAUGCCAAUCUCCAUUCCUUAGGGGAGAGUUUAAUGAGUUUGACGCAGUCCUUUGGCGUAGUUCCUCAACCGCCUGCACCGCAUGAAGACACCAUGGACGUCGAAAUGGAGGAUGCCGAUUCCAAACCAUUAGAUAAACCAGGUAGAGAUGAACACUCCAAUAAAUCGAACAAUAGAGACGAUGAUAGAAGAGAUAGCAGAAGAGAUGACAGAGAUAGGCGGAAUAGAAGUAGAGAUAGGGAUAGAGACAAUCGGGACCGAGACAGGGAUAGAAGCCGCGAUCGUCACAGUCGGGACAGAGACAGGGAUAGAGACCGCGACAGACGUUACAGAAAUGACAGAGACUCUAGCAGAGGUAGGGAUAGAGAUAGACGAGACGAUCGCCGAGAUAGAGAUAGAGAUCGUAGUAACAGAUGGGGCGACAGGGAUCGUCGGGAUAAAGAUUCCGAGAGAGAUGAUAGACGUGACAGGGAGAAAACCUUAAAUGAUCGAUUAAGAGAGAUGGCUGGUAUGGGAGGAGGAGGCUAUGAUGAUAGAGAUAGAAGAGGAGACCGAUUUAAUCGAGAUAGAGACCAAGGAUUCAAAUUUAUGCCUCCAAGGGCUAACAGUAGAUCGGACGAAGACUAUGGGAGAGAUAGAGAAGGUAGACAAAGAGAUCGGUUUGAUAGAAAUGAGAAUUCUAGACAGAGAAACGAUUCUAACGAUAGAAAUGAUCGUAAACGUAACAAUGAUAAGCCCGUACAUGAAGAACGGGAAGUCACUAAAGUUGAUGAAAAGCAAAUUCUCGAGGAGCAAGCUACAAAAGAAAAAGAAACAGGUAGCGGUCAAAAUAUCGAAGGUAAUUCCCCUUCGGAUGAUGAAGUACCACCAGGUACAGAAGAUGGCGCCGAAGGAUCCGAAAGAGCAUCUGAAAGAAUGGAAGACACCAAAGAUAGGCCAGAAGCUGAAGAACAUUCACAAGAAACCCUACGAUUUGAAGCUCCACCUUCCUUCAAUGCUGCCCCACCGAUGUUUGACCACCCGCCUCCAUUUACGGGUCCACCACCAUUUGAUGGUCCACCAGGAGCCUUUGAUGGCCCUAUGGGUAUGUUCGAUGACAGAAGAGGCCCACCAAGAGGAUAUUUCGAGAGUGGUCCGCCAAUGUUUAAUGAUAUGAGAGGUAGGGGUCGAGGUAGAGGUAGAGGUGGGCCUAUGAUGCCGAUGGGUAUGAAUAUGGAGGGUCCGCCAAUGAUGGAAGGGCCUUACAACGACAGAUUUAUGAGAGGUGGUAGAAGAGGAGGAUUAAGAGGUCCACCUCCAGGUGAUUUCUUCCCCGGCGAUGAUUUCAGGCGAGGCAGAGGACGUGGAAGGGGUCAGUUCUUCAGAGGUAGAGGCAGGGGUGGUUUUAAUUCUCGAUUUGAUGGCCCGCCGUUUGACGGCCCGUAUGAUGGUCCGCCGUUUGACGGCCCGUUUGAUGGUCCACCGUUUGAUGGCCCGCAGUUUGAUGGUCCACCGUUUGAUGGCCCGCCGUUUGAUGGCCCGCAGUUUGAUGGUCCGCAGUUUGAUGGUCCGCCGUUUGAUGGCCCGCAGUUUGACGGCCCGCCGUUUGAAGAUAUGCCAUUUGAAGGUAGGCCCCGGUUUGAUGGUCCGGCUGGAAGGUUUAAUAGAGGCGAGCCACCUCGACCAUGGGGAAGACCAGAGAGGCCUGAGAGAGAAGGCAGAGAAGGUAGAAGAAGUCGAUGGGGAAAUGACUCUCCACGAUUUGAGGGCGGAGAUGGAAGACAUGGAGAGUAUAAUGAUGUUCCUCCAGGUGUAGAUCCAGGCUUGGAGUCAAGGAAAUGGAAUAUUAGAGUUAAAGGUGAACAAGAGAUGCAAGGACCAGAAAUGAUGGAAAACAAUAACGAUAUGGACGACAACGAACAAGGAGGUCACCAAGGUAGAGAAGACCACGAAGGAGAGGAGGAUGAACGUGAAGUAGGCGAUGAAGCUUACGAACAAGCACAAAGAGAGUACGAAGAAGGUGGCGAUUGCGAAGAAGACGGAGGAGGAGGAGAAGACGAAUACGAGCAAGAAGCAGGACAGCAGCACCAUCAAGAGGACUACACAGAAGAUCGUGCAAAUACACCAGUGGAAGACGAGAUGGCACAUCCGGGUGAUUCUGAAGAGCAGUUUGAGGAAGCAGAGCAAGGCGAUGCACCUGAAGCGGAAGAGGGGGGUGCAGAAGAGGCUGAUGCAGCCGAAUGAUAUGUUUAUAUAGACACUUCCAAAAGACUUUUGUGUCGUUGGUAAAAGUAGAGUGCCCAAACUGAGAAUGAAUUUUAACUACACUUUAUAAUAUUAUUUAUUCUUUUGUUUUCAUGAAAGUAAUAAUUAUAGCAAAUAAGAUUUUUUGGAAAAUGCAUUAGUUCGACUAUCAGGAAAAGAUAACUUUAUACAACAAUAAUUCUUUAUAAACAUUACCACAGCUGCCUGUAAUUAUAUUUUACGCAGCUACAAUACUUUAUUAUUAUAAAUAGGCGGUGACGUCAUAACUACAAAAUAAACAGCACUGCCCGGCCCUACUGAAAAAAGCAUAAUCUCAUCAAUCAACUGUCAAAUUGAUCAAAUCAAAUUGAUUUUGGUCAAACUGUGAUUCAAAGGUUAAUAAUUUUUUUCUAGGUCAUUCGAUUUUUAUAUUAUCCACCAUAUUGUACUCAUUAGCAAAUAUGUGAAUCAUGUGUGUCCGUUUUUGGGUGAUAAUUUCUGCUUUAUAUCCGCUGUUUGUUUUGUUUUUCGAUUAUUUCGCCUGUUUACAAGAUCUUAUCAUUAGGGAUUUUGUCCAAAAACCUCCUCUCAGUUUUAUAUUGACCAUUUCCUUUAAAAUCAUAGUUAUAUAUUAUCAUAGAGAGAGUGUCAUUCAGAGCGAAGUGACGACACCAUCUUUUUUAUUUGGCUUAGUGCUGUUUCACUCUUACGCAUAGUAAAGCUGCGACAAUAGUCCUCCCCUUCCGUGCCUAUACUCACACUAAAUGUCAUCUUAGUUUCUCGAUACAAUGUGUUAGAAAGAGAUGCCGCAAACCAGUCCAUGAGAUCUUGUCGUCAGGAAGCGCGAAAGGUAGGCUGACUCUAUGUUAAUAUAUACCUCUAUGUUUAAAAUCCAUUGCAUGUCAUUGAAUUUGACAUAUGACCUUUUUGCACAGCGUUGCCAGAUUUCUCAGAUAUUAAAGAAUAUAGAGAAUUAAGAAAUAAUAAAACAUAAGGUUAUUUUGUUUUGGAUUGCUUAAAGGGUUUACAGAACUAAUAGAAGUUAAUAAAUAAUAAAAAAGAGAAAUAUAAAACACAUUGUAUUUUCUAAGCCAAUUUCAUAUUUCUAAAGAUAGUGUAUUCUUACUUAUAAUGCUCUUUUUUUAAAUAUUUAAUUAAUCAAGAUACAACUUUCUUACCACUAUUAUUCAGUUAUUUGACAUUUUCUUGAUAGAAAUACAAUGAAUAAUUGCUUAUUGACAGUAUUAUAAGUUUGUUUAUACUACACAAAACUAUGGUAUUAAUGAUACAUAUAAAGACUAUAUCAAAAGGAGUGAAAGUUUUUCAUUGUCAUCUGCACUCCUUAAAUAGGAAGUCUUUCUAUUUUUUCAAUGAUAUAUAAUGUAAAUUAUUGUUUCUUGAGUACUAAACUUUGGCAUAUAAUACAUACUAUUAAAAAUAAUGCUAAAAUUAUCGUUAGCUAAUUACUGUGCAGUUGGCUGUACUGUAAAGUCGAAAAAAUGUCAUUCAUGGCGUUCAUUUUCUUUUAUCACCUUUCAAUCGUGCAUUAAGGUUUAAUGUUUUAACAUUAUAAUUGUUUGCACCGUCUUUCUUUAUGUAUAAUUUCAUUAAGGGGUAUUAUUUUUCAAAAAUGUAUAAACAUUUUCAAUUUCUUUGCAACACGAAAAUGCAGCAGCUGCAUAAUACUCUGGUUAAAUCGGAGAGUGCAGGAAGAGUCUAUACCGGUUUCGGAGGUUUUUUUCCUCAUUAGUAGUCCCAUAUACUCUUCUCUCCGAUUUCCCCAGGUACCAUGCUUUGGGCCUUUCCGAAUUGCAAAGAACGAAAUGCCGCGGAUGAACUAGAACCAUCUACCGAAAAACAAAAUAAGUUAUCAAUCGAAGUAGCACAGAACAUGACAAUAAAUACCGUUCCCAUACCAUCAGAUUGACAACAGGUGGAAUACUUUCUUUGGUUACAACCUCCCGAGAUUUUCAAAAAUUAUAAAUCAUACAAGAUGCCGAGGAAAUUAAGAUGAGGAAAUUUUAAAUAAUUCACGUCCCAUCUGCUCAGCGUGGUAAAAGUUCCAACAAGAAGGAUUCCUUAGUAUUCAACAAAAAAGUAAAUGAAUUAAAAAUGUAUAAACAUUUUCAAUUUCUUUUCAACACGAAAAUGCAGCAGCUGCAUAAUACUCUGGUUAAAUCGGAGAGUGCAGGAAGAGUCUAUACUUUUACCACGCUGAGCAAAUGGGACAUGAAUUAUUUAAAAUUCCCUCAUCUUAAUUUUCUCGGCAUCUUGUAUGAUGUAUAAUUUUUGAAAAUCUCGGGAGGUUGUAACCAAAGAAAGUAUUCCACCUGUUGUCUAUCUGAUGGUAUGGGAACGAUAUUAUCGUUUUCUGUGCUACUUCGAUUGAUAGCUUAUUUUAUUAUUAUUCAAUCUACAACUCGCAUCAGCAUAUAGGAGCAGCACAGCUAAAAUGCCAAGUUAUGUUGAUGAACUUAGUUGUUCGACAAUUAAGUCACAACUUUGUGUGUCACACGUCACAGCUUAUUUAUAAUAACCAGUUAUAAGCGUUAAGUAGUUGCUAAAAUAUGCGCACUGAAUAAAAACAUUACAUGUGCAUUGUGAUUGGUUCUCAUUUUGAGGUAUAUCUUCUUUAAAGAUUGUCAUCACUGUAGGCGCAAUAAUCUAAAGAUAUUGUUUGAUUUUGGUAAUAUGUAAGUGCUUUAAACAAUUGUACAUAAGUUUAACAAAAAGUGUAGAGAAUGAACUGUCAUUGACCAUUAUAUCUGUAUAGAGAGGGACGCUUUUAGCUGUGAUUUUUUGGUGAAGUGAACACAGGUGAACGAUCGGAACUUUUUUUCAAAUUUUGUCGACCUAUUAGUUUGUACAGUAAAUAAAUGUUUUAUUUAUUUAUUAAACUGUCUUUGAAGUUAACCAAAAAACUUGCAAAGUGUAUUGGUGACGAGCUAGCUUGUAGAAAUGUUGCAAAUAGUUACGUUGGGUUUAUGAGUAGACGAAAUUUCAGAUUUCUGCGUAUUCAUUGCAUCAAACUUUUGUAGUAAAUGAUUGUAUAAACGAAUCGGUAAUUUUGCAAAAUAUAAACUCAAUAGAAACCCAAUUUAGAGUGUAAUCAACACUACAUGCUCAGAUAUAUACAAGAUUUUUUUUCUGUUCGUAAAAAAUAUAGUAUUUAAUGUAUAGACAUAAUUUUCAAUGCUAUUUAUGGUAUAUAUAAUGUAUUUCUUAUUGGAUAUGGAACAAGUUCCUUAUAAAACUGUAGAUGGAUAUACAGAAGAUCAAAAUAUGAGUUUUUGAUAACCAAUUAAGAACACUUUUUAUUUGCCAGGUGAUAUAUUGCAUAGAUACUACUUAUUGGUUAUUUACCUUGUCAUAUCUACCGAUUCGCCAGCUCAGCUGUCCAAUAUUUGAUUUUGACAUUAUUCUUUAUCCAAUUUUUGGUAACUCUUUCUUUAGGACUGUUUAUAGUUGGAAAAUUUAGGAAGACGAAAGUUCGAAAAUGCUUAGAAUAGAUCUACUCUGAUUUUUCAAAUAGUGAUUGGUUACUGACAUUGAAAUUUUAUUACUGAGUAUUGAAAUUAUUUAAUGCUAACGCGUGGCUUAGGAAGAAACUUCAAAUUAGGCUUCUUUUAUUACAUUAACCUAUUAUGUUAUAAAUACUUUAUCAUUAUUGUUAGCGUUGCUGUACUAACGCCGUGUUCGGAUUUCGCUGGGCAGUAUGUUAAAUAUCAUACAUUCAUAAUUCAUAUCCGAUAUUAAACAGUAUAUUUUUAUCACCCCGUAUAUCACAUGAAAUAAUUUGUUGUUAUAUUUAAACAUGUCCUGGCUAUUUAAUUUGUAUAAUUGUUGCAAUUCAUAAACAAUAUUUUCGGCAAUGGACAUUAAUUUAGCCGACUAAGUAAAAACUUUUGUUCUUUUUGUCGUGUGGGCUAUGAGCCAAUUCAUGUUGCCAACAAGAGAGAACAUACAUUUAGAAUCAUUCAUUAGAAUCAACUCAACCAGGCCAGAGGUGCCUUUAAAUUCACUCCUUCGUCAAUUAAGGGCUCCCGGGGUUAGAGUGUGGUAGUGGAUUAGACAUGGUCCUUCGAGCCGGAUGGUCUAAUCCACUACCACACUCUAACCCCGGGAGCCCUUAAUUGUCUCGAAGGAAUUAAUUUAAAGGCACAUAUGGCCUGGUUGAGUUGAUUCUAAAUGUGUGUUCUCUCUUGUUGGCAACAUGAAUUUGGUCAUAGCCCACUCGACAAAAAGAACAAAGGUUUUUACUUAGCUAAAUUAAUGUCCAUUGCCGAAAAUAUUGUUUAUGAAUUGCAACAAUUAAACAAAUUAAAUAGCCCGCACAUGUUUAAAUAUAAUAACAAAUUAUUUCAUGUGAUGUACGGGGUGAUAAAAAUAUACUGUUUAAUAUCGGAUAUGAAUUAUGAAUGUUUGAUAUUUAACAUACUGCCCGGCGAAAUCCGAACACGGCGUCAGUACAGCAACGCUAACAAUGAUAAUGAUAAAGUAUUUAUAACAUAAUAGGUUAAUGUAAUAAUGUAAUAAAAGAAGCCUAAUUUGAAGUUUCUUCCUAAGCCACGCCUUAGCAUUAAAUAAUUUCAAUCCUCAGUAAUAAAAUUUCAAUGUCAGUAACCAAUCACUAACUUAAAUACGGUUCUUAGACCAUUUUUAGAUCCAUUUAGAUUUAGUGUCAUCCCAAAUAACGGGACCUCUACCAAGACUUUUCGGAAUAUCAAUUCCUAUUAUAACUGAAGAAAAUAUAUCUUUUCUUACCUUUCUAUCACUCUCGUUUUACUCUCCUCUUGUCACCGCAUCUGUUCUUUAAGUUUUGUUGUCCAAUACUGGACAUUUUUUUUUCUAUUUUGAACUCAUAUUUCUUUUUUUUUGACAAUGUCAACCUUUAACAAUGUAGAAACCAUCAUAAGUACCACAUCGUGUUUUUAAAAUUUAUAUUUGGACAUAUGCAUUGAAAGUCUUACCAGUUUGAGGUUGAACUAGUAUUUUUACUCUCCAUGGAGUGUUUUCAGAACUACAGUCCAAUAUAGACUGGAGUUCUGGACCAAGAUCAAGUUAUGAAUAUAUCUCCACAGAGAGAGUCGAAAGCUCGACACAGCCAAAACAGAUGAUACUAUAAUAUAAUACAUAAUAAUUAUUAUAAUCCUACAAACUUUUAUCACGUGGUGUAAGUACAGUAAGAGAUACAUUAUAUCAGAUAAUUACCAAUCUUCAUUAGGUAUUACUAUCUUGUUUGUAGUUUAACAAUAUUGAAACUAAAAUAGACUUACUAAUAGUAAAGAAUCGAUAGAGAAAUUUCGUUUAAUCUACACCGUACGAUGAGGGAGGUGUGUUCAACUAAAGGUAGGUCCAUCUGUGUUCACGACAGCUGAGAGGAGGAUCUCCCUACGCCCGCGCCAUCCUUCAAAUGGAAGGAUCGGUGCAAGGUUAGUCAAAUUUUCAUUUUUCUAGUUAGUAGAAUAUUUUCACGUAUAUGAGAAGAGUACCUUUAAUAUUUAUGUUGUACCUAUGGGUUGGGAAUGAAAGUUUAUACAGGAUUUGUUUAAUAAAUGUUAGUAAACUUUUAAUAUUA